GAGCCAGAGUUUCGGACACUUUUGACGGUAUCGUUAUAUUCGUGUCUCCCAUCAGGUGAUGGACUAUCUCAACAACAUGAACGCGAGCAGGACGGAAGAAAGUGAAGGAAGCCGGAACUUCCUCGAUAAUCAAACGGCGUCUCAAGUCACUUGCGGCCUCGGAUAUCGUAAUUUUCUGCCACCCGCUGGAGAAAUUUGGUGCAACUGGGCUUGGGACUCGAUUCUAUGUUGGCCACCGACUAAAGCUUCCACCUCAGCGAGGCACAGAUGCCCGAGGGAAAACGGUAUAGAUACAACCAAAUUCGUGGAAAAACGGUGCGGUGAAGACGGGCAGUGGGAAGGUCGAGAAGGAUCGUUUGCUGGACGUGGUUCCCCGGUUUCGGGGGGCUCUGAAAACGUUCAUGGCGAAUCGCACGGCUGGACAAAUUACACGCCUUGCUUCACCCCGGAAAUGCUUCAGCUCAUUCGCAAGCUCUAUUCGGGAAGCGAGGACGCUGCCAAGGUGAAAUUGGACAUCGCGCAGAGGACCAGAAAUCUGGAAAUCGUUGGGUUCAGCGUCUCCCUCGCCGCAUUGCUGGUCUCUCUGGCGAUCUUUUGUCACUUCAGGAGUCUGAGGAACACCAGAACUCGCAUUCACAAGAACCUCUUCGUGGCUAUGGUGAUGCAAGUCCUAAUUCGCCUCACCCUAUACAUAGACCAAGCCUUGCUGAGAACCAAGACUCCCGGCGUCAGUCGUGGCAUCGAAAACACGCCCGUCCUUUGCGAGGCGAGCUACGUUCUCCUGGAAUACGCAAGAACGGCGGUGUUCAUAUGGAUGUUCAUCGAGGGGCUUUAUCUGCACAAUGUCAUUACCGUCACCAUAUUUCAAGAGACAUCCUACUACCGGAUGUACCGGUUCGUCGGCUGGGGUUGCCCGGUCCUCAUGACCUUGGCUUGGGCGAUAGUCACGGCAUUUUACUACCACCCCUCAAAGUGCUGGUGGGGCUACAACCUGACCCUUUACUUCUGGAUCCUGGAAGGGCCCAGAAUGGCGGUUAUACUGCUGAACUUCUUGUUCCUUUUGAACAUCAUUCGAGUCCUGGUGGUCAAACUGCGACAGAGUCACACCAGCGAGAUCGAACAAGUUCGGAAGGCUGUGAGGGCGGCGGUGGUGCUGCUUCCGCUUUUGGGAAUCACGAAUUUGAUAUCCAUGGCGGAGGCACCGCUGGAUAAGGCGGUGUGGGAGUUCGCAUUGUGGUCCUAUUCGACCCACUUCCUCACUUCAUUUCAAGGACUCUUUGUCGCCAGCCUUUAUUGUUUUCUCAACGGCGAGGUUCGACUUGCGCUCGGCAAGACGAUAACAACGUACCUAUCGUCGAGAGGAACUGAUCCUCGUAACAGAAGGCAAUUAGCUUACAGCGCCUGCCAGUCUCAUCGCAUAACGGCAGCGAUAGAAUCUGAGGAUCAAGAGAAGACGAAGGAACCGUUAAAUCGAAGAAAUUGGACACGCUUUUGUUGCCGAAAAGGCGACGUUUCGGUGGCCGAGGAGCCGGCGGAGACAAGAGUCUGACCUCGGUGGUGCCGUGGAUGGUGCUUCGGAAGGGGUUGGGAUUGGCGGCACCGAGUCUACGUGGUGGACGGCGUUCAGGGCUGAAUUU